AGUCACUCUCCGAAGCGCACACAGAAGCACAACAAAACCAACAGAAGCUGACGCGCAGACGUCGAACCAUGAUUUAAUGGACGGAUAUUUUUCCUUUAUCAGAAAUUAUAGGAAGGCUUCUGCUCAACAAGUAGGGUAGCUAUUAUAGGGCUGACACUUUGCACUGCACGUCAGUUUGCCUCUGGAGAGACUUUUUUUUUCUUUUUUUUAUAUACUCUGAUUCACCUUGCAGCCAUAUUUUGGAACAGGACGCACUAAAUGAUGCCGCAGUGGUCAGGUUUACUGAAACGCAGACUGAAAUAGUUGGACUUUUUAUUUCUAAGUAUCAACAAAAACUAAGUGACAGAGACUACAGACAUUUUGCAGACGGUCACGAAUGGAAAGAAGGCAAAGCUUCGCCUCUAAAGGUCCGCGCAAAGUGCAGGAGUGUGGAGAGCCGCAUCUGCGCCAAGAAAGGAUUUAGAUUAAUUUAGCCGAAGAUCUGAUUCGGUCAAACUUCUACUUUAUUCAAAUAAAUACUAAACAUAUAGCCUAACCUCAAAAUUCAGUAAUUCCAUGUGAGAAAUUUUGAAUGCGACUUUAUUAGUUUGACCCUUUCGGAAUGCACUGACAGUUUAUAUUUAAUUACUCUCCUUAAUUUGUGUACCACAAUGAAUUAAUUUUAAUUACAAAACCGGCAGCCUUAACAGACGUGUCUUUAUUGCUGGUUAAAUGUGCACAUAAAAACCACAGUUUGGUGUGAGACCUCUUGCUGCUGACCUGGAAACCAGAGACAGACUUUUAAAAACUAUAGCCUAGACCUUCCCCCCCCCACACACCUUUUAUAUUUAACACAACUUCCCUAACCUGAGACAAUGUUGUUAGUCAGAAUACUGGCUAUCUUCCUCGUCAUCACUAACACGUGGCUGCUCAGCCCGGUUUGCUCCGAUGCACUCAGCCGGUACAAACGCGCCAUGGCCCGGCGGGCAGACAAUGAGCUCUCCAGGCUAGCAGGUGAACCCUGCACCGUCUCCGGCGUCUGGAGGUCCCAGCGGCAACCCCGCUCCCUCUCCCCGUCCCAACACCGCCCUCCAGCGGCUCGUCCGAGGACGCACACGAGCCGGAGAGAGCUGUACUCUGUUAAGAGCGCUCCUGCGGUUUGUGCAGGAGGGUGCAAGUUUGACACCGGGGUUCACCGGGUCGCUCCGGUGGGGGGAAAUAAGCGAGGCUGGGGCAACGCAGAGGAUGUGGCGGUAGGAGCGGGGAACGGAAAUGUUACGUUGCCCGGACGGUUUUUUGGAAAACGCUCCACAAAUGACAAGAACGAGCCAAAUUAUGUCAGUGAAAACACCACACAACAGCCCGGAAUGUCUUUGCUUAGAGACGCCGGGCAGACCGUCUCUUCCUCGGGCCACGCGGAGUCCCCAGGCGGUUCCCGCUCCAGGUUCACCCGCAGCCUCGGUGGCACGUUUUCUUACGAGGCAGACGGCAACUCCAGUUGGGAGAAAGCUUUCCCCGACAGCUCAACAGAUUCCAAGGGGCUCCAAGUCCUCUACAGGCUGCAGCGGGAAGAUGGAAACCAGCAAUUCUCGACCGGGACCCUGGAGGACAGUACCGAGGACUACUCCGGGGAGAUGGAGGAGGCGGAUACGCCCGCAAACCUGCCCGCCGGGAGCUCCUCUUCCUGGGGGAAUCCCGUGCCAAGGGUGCCCCCUUCCUGGAUGACCGCCCUUUACUUCAGCGGGCGUCGGGAGCAGCUGAAGGUGAAUCCGGCUGCAGGGGUGGAGCUGCCGAGGGCCAAGUUCAGCCUGGAGCUGUGGGUGAAGCCUGAGGGAGGGCAGAGCAACCCUGCAGUCAUAGCAGGUGUAUUUGACAACUGUUCCCAUUCAUUGAGUGAGAAGGGCUGGUCGUUAGGCAUCCGCACUGUGAAACCUGCUGGCGCCAAAGAUGCACGGUUCUACUUCACCCUUCGCACAGAUCGAGCCGUAAAAUCUACCACUGUCUACAGCCACCAGCGGUACCAAGCCAAUGCCUGGACUCACCUGAUGGCCACUUACAACGGCCACAACAUGACCCUGUAUGUCGAUGGAGCUAAGGUGGGAGAGAGCAGUCUUCAGUCGGGGAAUCUCUACAGUCCCUUCAUGAAGACGUGCAGAACCCUCUUCCUCGGCAGUAACCAAUCAGAUCAGGGACACAGCUUCAGGGGCCAUAUUGGGGGUUUGGUCUUGUGGGGCUAUGCCCGCUCUCAUGAGGACCUGCUGAAGCGGCCAUUUCAAAUCGACAAAAGCGAGCCCCUUUUGGCGAUGUGGGCUGACUUCACUAAUGUGGAACAGCUUUGGACUCCAUACAAAGUUGGCCUCCAUCCAACCAUCAUCACCACUCCUGUCCCCGAACAAGAACUGGUCUCUUCAUUCUUGCCACCACCAUGUGGCUUGACACCCUGCGACAACACCGACAUCAUCUUGGGCUACAACAACAACUGGCAGCUCCGUGCCACCAAGCGAGUUCGCUACCGGAUUGUCAACCUCUCUGAUGACGAUGGCGGAAACCCCACCGUGUCGCAAGCCCAGAUCCAGCUCCAGCACCGUGCCCUAACUGAGGCCUUUAGCCCUUACAACAUCACCCUAGAUCUUAGCGUGUACUCUGUCAGAAACUCAAGCUUCCAACAGCGGUUUAUCCUCAGCAACUGUCGAAUUGGGAAGAUUGGAAACCGCCAAUGUGACCCUGAGUGCGACCACCCAAGGACAGGCCACGAUGGAGGGGACUGCCUUAGAUUGGGGCCCUGCUACAAUUGGAAGAGACAGGAUGGAGUUUGUAACAUGGAGUGCAACAGUAUACACUAUGAUUACGAUGAUGGAGACUGCUGUGACCCGGAGGUCACCGAUGUCCUCAAGACCUGCUUCGAUCCUGAGUCUCCUGACAGGGCCUAUAUGAGUGUGAAAGAGCUAAAGGAGGAGCUACACCUGAGCGGCACGGACACACUCAAUGUUUUCUUUGCCAGCAACUCGGUGCGUGAAGAACUGGCAGGAGCUGCAACCUGGCCAUGGGCAAAGGAGGCUCUAACCCACCAAGGUGGGAUGGUGCUAAACCCGUCCUACUUCGGUACCAUGGGCCACCACAACACCAUGAUCCAUGAGAUGGGCCAUAUAUUUGGACUGUACCAUGUCUUUAAGGGAGUAAGCGAGCGAGACUCCUGUGAUGACCCAUGUCAGGAGACCACCCCAUCCUUGGAGACAGGAGAUCUAUGUGCUGACACUGCACCAACACCCAAAUCCAAAGCGUGCCACGAUCCUGGAGCCGUCAGUGAUACCUGUGGAGUCGCUAUGUACCACAACACACCAUAUAGCAAUUACAUGAGUUACACAGAUGACAACUGCACCAACCAUUUCACUCCCAACCAAGUGGCCCGGAUGCACUGUUAUCUUGACUUAGUCUAUCAGAAGUGGCUGAUGGACCAGCAACCUGCCCCCAUUCCUUUGGCCCCCAUAGUGACAGACCAGAGUCCGGAUUCUGUCUCUAUCUAUUGGCUACCGCCUUUGAGGGGACCACUCUAUCAGAGCUCCUCCAUCCAUGUGCCGGUUAUCAACUGUGGAGACUGUGAGAAAGACGGUGUUUUCCACCAGUACGCAUCCGAGGCUACCUCACCUCGCAUCUGUGACACGUCAGGCUACUGGACACCCGAGGAGGCAGUUGGCCCCCCUGAUGUGGAGCAGCCCUGUGAUCCCAGCCUCCAGGCCUGGAGUCCUGAGCUCAGCCUUUAUGACACUAAUGUGACCUCGCCAUGUCCCGACACAGAGGGCUGCACCCUCACACUAAGGUUCCUCCACCCUAUGGUUCCACACGCACUUACCCUCUGGGUCACCUACAUCUCUUUAAAAAACCCAGCCAUAGCCAACAUCGAGCUGAUAACAGACACGGGGAAAAGCAUUAACCUCGGACCCCAGCACGUCUUCUGCGACAUGCCCCUGACCUUGCGCCUCGACACCCACAACACUGCCAUCACCGCCAUAAAACUCUGUACCUUCGAUGAGAAGAUGGAGAUAGACGCUGCCAUGUUGUCUUCAGGCCCCGGCAGCCCUCUGUGCACCGGCUGCCAACCUCUGCUGUACAGGAUUCAGCGGCAGCCGCCCUUCACCAGCAAAUCCCCCUCACCUCAGACCCAGCAGACAUUCACUGACAGCUCUGUAAGGCAGGGAGACAAGUACCAGUACACAAUCCAAGUGGAAGCAGACGGUCUCCUCAGCGACCCCUCCUCACCUCUCCUUUACACACAUGGGCAGUCCUACUGUGGAGAUGGCCUCAUACAGGGGACAGAAGAGUGUGACGACAGUAAUCUGUUGGAUGGCGAUGGCUGCUCUAAGAAAUGCCACAAGGAGAUGGGCUUCAAAUGUAAUGGUGAACCUAGUCAGUGUUAUGUUUUUGACGGAGACGGCGUGUGUGAGGAGUUUGAGCGGGGCUCCAGCGUUCAGGACUGUGGUUACUUCACACCUUUGGGCUACACAGACCAGUGGGCAUCCAUCGCCACUGCUUCUCACCAGGACCCCAACCACUGUCCCGCCCAUGGUGCCACUGGGGAGCCAUCGCUUACCAAGCUCUGCAGGUACCAGCACCUGGAGGUGAGCGAAAAACUGCCCACAGAUGCCUGGUUCCCUUGCACAGCCCAGGCCGACACAAAUAAUGACCUGGAACAUUCAUUUUGGCUGAAGGUGGGAUUUGUCCAUCCUGGAGUGGCCGCCUCUGUGAUGGUGUACCUGGCUUCAGAUGGGUCGUGGUCUGGAGAGCAGUGUCGGAGGACAGCCACUAUCCUUCUGUCUGAUACUACUGGCAAGAACCACUCACUAGGCACACAUGACCUCUCCUGCCAUCGGAACCCGUUGGUGGUGAAUGUGACCCAUGACCUUUCUCGACCCUUCUUCAUCACGGCCUCUGUUAUUCUCCUCUUCUCCUCCCCCUUUGUGGCAGUGGAGAGUGUGGCCCUGAGGACCUCCUGCCACUUCAGCACCUUCGCCCUGACCGGCUGUUUGCGGCAGCCAUGUCAAAUGGACAGCUGCAGUCCUCCCCAGUUAGAGCACGCCUCUGUCAGGUGUACAGGAGGAGGGGAGUCCUCUCACUGCUCUGUUCAGUGUCACCGUGGUUUCAGUAUCACUGUCCUCAACAGCAGGGGAACCCUUCCCCACCAGAGAGAAACACAUUUAGAGUGUUUCCACGGUGCGUGGGAUCACGUAGUUAGCUGCCAGCCUGUAGAUUGCGGCCUGCCCGAUCAGUCUCAUGUCUACCACGCCAUAUUCAGUUGCCCCUGGGGAACCACCUUUGGCAAACAAUGUUCCUUCACCUGUGGAUCACCAGCUAUACUACAAGGUGACAGUGACAGGUUGGUCUGUUUGGAGGACGGUCUGUGGUCUUUCCCAGAGGCCUACUGCAAGAUAGAGUGUCCAGAGGUUCCAAACAUACCCAAUGCCAAGCUGUUAACAGCAGACUGUCUGGCCUCAGGGCACGAUGUUGGCUCUGCCUGCCGUUACAAAUGCAACCCAGGCUUCUAUGUAACAGGGAGCCUCAAAAAGAAGACACAGAGGAGGAAGUACUUCAAGUUGGAGUGCCUGGAGGGGGGGCAGUGGGAGGAAACAAAUUGUGAGUCAAUAUCCUGCCCAGCCCUACCUGAUGUAUUCCAGGGCAUGUUUACCUGCACCAAUGGCCUGUAUUAUGACAGCCUCUGCACCCUGCAGUGCCCAGGUGCCACAGAAAAUAGGGAGAUUCGCUGCACUAAGGAGGGUGAAUGGACUGCAGAGUUCACGAUGUGCUCCAAAAUCAAGGGAUCGUGCUCUCUUCCUCCGGAUCUCAACUCUGUAGAGUACAGCUGUGACCAAGGGAUGGAUGUCGGUGCUGUUUGCUACCCAACAUGCAUUGUGGCUCAAGACAUGGAUCUGCGUGACCCGGUGGUGCUGCCCAGUGGCACUACAGUUGACUCUUUAAAGCACUGGAUGCUACCAACCAAACUCCAGAGCAUAGUCUGCACAGGGAUGAUGAAGUGGUACCCUGACCCUCAACAUAUCCAUUGCAUCCAGUCAUGUGAGCCUUUUGGAGGGGAUGGCUGGUGUGACACCAUCAACAACAGAGCCUACUGCCAGUAUGAUGGAGGAGACUGCUGCCCGUCUACACUCUCCACCAGAAAGGUCAUUCAGUUUGGGGCGGACUGCAAUGAGGAUGAGUGCACUUGCCGUGAUCCGGACGCCGAGGAAAAUAAGAGCAAAGCCAAACACUUGGGAGGAGAUGGAGGAGGAAUGCAAUAAGAUGGAGGGAUUAAAGAGGCUGAACUUGUGUUAAACAGAGUCAAACCACAGACUAUACACCACAAAAAUACUAAAUGUGUAACAUUUGUAAUGCAAAAAACACAACUGAAGACAGACUUCAUACAUAAAAAGGCCAUUUUAUCAUAAGUGAUCUUGCUGUUAAAAAGCAUCACAUAUGACUCAUGAUGGUUUGGAAAUGUGAUUCCUUCCUGCACAAAUCCAGCCACACAUCCACACGUGAAUAUUUGUUUUCUUUUCCUGUUAACAAGUUAAGGGUCAUCUUGACUGCUAGAUCUGUGUAAGGGCAGAAAAUUAUAUUUUGAAAAGACCCUAACCUAACACAGGUCUAGUUCAACUAGUGUUACAACACAGUCUAUCCACUCCUGUACAAAUGAAGUCAUCCUAAUUGGAUCAAAUCAGUAUUGUAAAUAGAUUCAAGUACUUUUCUGGACUUGAUUAGCUUGAGAUAAAAAAAAAAUAAAGAACUGGCUGUGCCUGAAAACUGUUUCAGUCCAUGCACAGACCUGACAGUAAUGGCUACUGCUGCUAACUGUGUUUACUGUAGCAUCCAGUUAGAGGAGAAACAUUAUCUAUGGAAGUAUUUCAAAGUACCAUAGUGAAGCCCAAACAAUUUUGUUUAACUUGUCCGAUGGCUUAUUCAAAACCAAAUGAGGACAAGUCAAAUCUAAGUCAAGUGGGUUAAAAGAAAAUCACAAUCACAGAAACAUUUCUUCAAAAAAAACCUAAUCCCUACUGUCAAAAACAAAUCCUCCCAAAUACUAAAAUUAGUUACAGUCUUCAUCAUCAGGUUCUUUAGGAAUGUAAAAGAAUACAUAUCUGUAAAGACUAACAUGUAUAGAAUAAUAUAUUUGGAUCACCUUACAUAUCUAACAUAUGUAUUAGUCACACAAGUCAUCACUAUUUAUAUCAAAGAUCCAGUAAUACAAACAUUUAUCUGUACCAUAUGGCAUGUGCACAGGGCUUCCCAAACGUAUAUUUUCUGGGAUUGUGUUCAGUUGUAUUUACACAAAAAAACAUGUCAUACAAAUUACUUCACAUAUUUUGAAUUAUAAACACUACAUCCAAAUCUAAAUGGGAAUGUCAGACAAAUGUCAAAUAUCAAUGUCAGAAUUAUUGUUCUAAAACAUGGAUUUCCACUAAAACAAAGGUGCACUUGAAACAGUGAAAAAACUAAUAAAAUGUUGGAGUCCCCAAAGCAGUAGAUAAAUGAAAAAGAUAAACCAAAAAUGAAGAUAACUAAGACUUUUGGGUAGCCUGGGUAUACAACACAGACUUCAAACUUCUCCUGCUUGCAUGUUCGUAUGUCAGGUUCUGGUAUCCUUUAGCCAAAAAUCAUGAAGUACCCCAUAUUGUAUCUAUAAAAGUGUAAUCAUGUUCUUUUGGGAUAUUUUACAGUACUUUUACUCUAUAUGAAAUAAAUAGCAACUUUAUAUCGA